UAAUUUACAUUUGCGAUGGUCAGUUACGGAGUUGGAGACCCCCCAAAACGCACUCUCGCCAAUUCAGCUUUAGGGUUUCGGUAGAAGAAAGCAAUCGCUCCAUAAAACCCUAAUCGGGUCAGCUCGUCUAAGGUUUUUCUGUUCGUUUUGCAUGUCUUAUUUGGUCGAAAUCAUCCCUUGUAACUCUCUUGUCCUCAGUCAGAAGAUAAAUCUGGAGAAACCUAUGCCGUCGACGUCGCUGGCCAACGGAAACGCAGGAGACAGACCACCGGAUGUUGUGGCCGAUGAUAAGCCGGGAGUGUCGAUGAUGGAGCAGUUGGUUCCGGAGAUUACAACCCACGCGCUCAGCUACUUGGAUUAUCCAAGUCUUUGCCGCUUGUCCAUGACCAAUUCCUUGAUGAGGAAGGCUGCUAACGACGACAAUGCUUGGAAGGCCCUCUAUCACAAGGAUUUUACUCUGGAACAAGAUGGAAUAACCCCGGUCAACGGGUGGAAAGCUUACUAUGCAACAACUAGAGCAAUCAUUAGUGUGAAUACUGGAUUCUUCGACAUCAUCAGAGAGAGGUCUCUUCCAGAAAUGGCUCAGUUGUGGCUCAACUCCGACUAUGUCAAGUGCAUCCAUGCCUCUGGCGAACUUUUCUCUGGCUACAGUGAAGUGAUGCAAAGCUGGCAACUUUGUUUCAACUGGGAACAAGGGUUUGACUUUCAGGUCCACAACGUUCGCACUCGGAUCCUAACCGACAUGGCUUGGGUCACUAUGAAAGCAUACCUGAACGUGGACGCUGGUCCGUUCCUCAUCACCAACGUGUUUGAGCACCACAAUGGGAGGUGGCACAUGGUUCAUCAUCACAGCUCUGUGAUGCUCAUCGAUGGCGUCAAUCAACAGGUUGUUGUUCACUGAUGAAUUAUAUCUCUAGUUUUGUUUUCCCCUUCUUCUUUUCCUUUUUAAAGGGACAAAAAUGAGAAGGGAGAAGGAAACCUGCGUAUUUGGAAAUUGGCGUAUUAGAUUAAUUAGUGCUAUUAUUUAAUUUUAAUGACAUGUACUGAAUGUUUAUUUUGAAUGGUUUGUUCUAAUUGUUUUCCUAAUGGGUAUGUUAAAUCA